AUGGAGAAGGUGGGACCCAAGUAUUGGGAACGGGAGACACAGACCGCCAAGGACAAUGCACAGAGUGACCUAGUGAGCCUCAACAACCUGCCAGGCUACUACAACCAGAGCGCGGGCGGCUCUCACACCUACCAGAGGAUGUAUGGCUGCGACAUGGGGACAGAUGGGCGCCUCCUCCGCGGGUACACUCAGUACGCCUAUGAUGGUGCGGAUUACAUCGCCCUGAAUGAGGACCUGCGCUCCUGGACCGCAGCAGACAAGGCGGCUCAGAUCACCCAGCGGAAGUGGGAAGCGGCUGGUGUUGCAGAGAGCUUAAAGGCCUACCUGGAAGGAGAUUGCUUGAAGUGUCUUGCAGGCUACCUGGAGAAAGGGAAGGAGUCCCUGCAGCGCACAGAUCCCCCGGAGACUCAUGUGACUCACCACCCUAUCCCUGAAGGGGAUGUCACUCUGAGAUGCUGGGCCCUGGGCUUCUACCCUAAGGAGAUCACCCUGACUUGGCAUCGGGAUGGAGAGGACCAGACCCAGGACAUGGAACUUGUGGAGACCAGGCCUGCAGGGGAU